CGUGCCCAGAUUCGGAUGUUUCAGAAUCUCAGAAUUCCAGAUCUAUGGAAAUGCAGGAUCUAGCGAGUCCUCAUAAUCUUGUGGGAAGCAGUGAAGUACCAGGUAGUUCUAAACUGGACAAAUCUAAUCUUAGCACCACAUCUGUUACAACAAAUGGAACAGGCGGAGACAACAUGACUGUUUUAAACACUGCAGACUGGUUGUUGAGUUGCAGCACUCCUUCUUCUGCAACAAUGUCUCUUCUCGCAGUCAAAACAGAGCCUCUGAACAGUAAUGACUCAACAACAACAACAAGUGGAGAUGGAUCUCUUGACAAUUUUACUGGGUCAGUAAUAACAAGUAGCGGCUACAGUCCAAGAUCAUCACAUCAAUAUUCACCGCAACUAUAUUCCUCCAAGCCCUAUCCACAUAUCCUUUCUACACCAGCAGCUCAGACAAUGUCUGCCUAUGCCAGUCAGACCCAGUAUUCAGGCAUGCAGCAGCCAGCAGUGUAUACAGCCUACUCACAGACUGGGCAGCCUUACAGCUUACCUGCUUACGAUUUGGGUGUAAUGUUGCCAGGCAUCAAGACAGAAAGUGGACUUUCACAAACACAAUCACCACUGCAGACUGGGUGUCUUAGUUACAGCCCAGGGUUCUCCACACCACAGCCAGGCCAAGCACCAUAUUCAUACCAAAUGCCAGGUUCUAGUUUUACACCAUCCUCCACUAUUUAUGCAAACAAUUCAGUAUCAAAUUCUACAAACUUCAAUAGUUCACAACAGGAUUAUCCAUCGUAUGCAGCUUUCAGUCAAAAUCAGUAUCCACAGUAUUAUUCAGCAUCAACAUACGGAGCAUACAUGACAUCAAAUAACACCACUGAUGGUACCUCUUCAUCCUCAUCAACAUACCAGCUCCAGGAAUCCCUUCCAGGGCUUAAUAGCCAACCAGGAGAGUUUGACACUAUGCAGAGCCCUUCAACACCAAUCAAAGAUCUUGAUGAAAGAACAUGUAGGAGUUCUGGGUCAAAAUCAAGGGGCAGAGGGAGGAAAAAUAACCCAUCUCCUCCUCCUGAUAGUGACUUGGAGCGUGUAUUUGUUUGGGAUUUGGAUGAAACUAUCAUUGUCUUCCAUUCACUUCUUACAGGAUCUUAUGCACAGAAAUAUGGAAAGGAUCCACCUGUAGCAGUGACUCUUGGACUUCGGAUGGAAGAAAUGAUUUUUAAUCUUGCUGAUACUCAUUUAUUCUUCAAUGAUUUGGAGGAAUGUGAUCAAGUACAUAUAGAUGAUGUAUCCUCAGAUGACAAUGGACAAGACCUAAGUACCUACAGUUUUGCAACUGAUGGCUUCCAUGCAGCUGCAAGUAGUGCAAACCUUUGUCUGCCAACAGGUGUAAGAGGAGGAGUUGACUGGAUGAGGAAGCUGGCAUUCCGUUACAGAAGAGUCAAAGAAUUAUAUAAUACUUACAAAAACAAUGUAGGAGGACUUCUUGGCCCUGCAAAAAGAGAUGCAUGGCUACAGUUAAGAGCAGAGAUUGAAGCUCUCACUGACUCCUGGCUGACCAAUGCACUCAAAUCUUUAUCAAUUAUUAGUACAAGGAGUAACUGUGUAAAUGUCUUGGUAACAACAACGCAACUUGUACCAGCCCUAGCAAAAGUGCUGCUGUAUAGUUUAGGAGGUGUUUUUCCUAUCGAAAAUAUUUACAGUGCAACUAAAAUAGGAAAAGAAAGUUGCUUUGAACGAAUAAUGCAAAGGUUUGGCAGAAAAGUAGUAUAUGUUGUAAUUGGGGAUGGUGUAGAAGAAGAACAGGCAGCAAAAAAGCAUAACAUGCCUUUCUGGAGAAUAUCUAGUCACUCUGACCUCCUGGCUCUACACCAAGCGCUGGAAUUAGAGUAUUUGUAACUGUCGUUACAUAGUUGACAAAUUCUUUUAUAU